AUGGAAUCUAAGGUCUCUGAAGGUGGCCUGAAUGUAACUCUCACAAUUCGGCUGUUGAUGCAUGGGAAGGAAGUUGGAAGCAUCAUUGGAAAGAAAGGAGAAACAGUGAAAAAGAUGCGUGAGGAGAGUGGUGCACGAAUUAAUAUCUCAGAGGGGAAUUGUCCAGAGAGAAUUGUAACUAUUACAGGUCCCACUGAUGCCAUCUUCAAAGCAUUUGCAAUGAUUGCUUACAAAUUUGAAGAGGAUAUAAUUAAUUCUAUGAGCAACAGCACAGCUACUAGUAAGCCACCAGUAACAUUAAGGUUGGUUGUGCCAGCUAGCCAGUGUGGAUCAUUAAUUGGCAAAGGAGGCUCCAAGAUUAAAGAAAUCAGGGAGUCAACAGGUGCUCAGGUUCAAGUGGCAGGGGACAUGCUGCCCAACUCCACAGAGAGGGCAGUGACCAUCUCAGGGACCCCCGAUGCAAUAAUCCAGUGUGUCAAACAGAUCUGUGUGGUGAUGCUGGAGUCCCCACCAAAAGGUGCCACCAUUCCCUAUCGCCCAAAGCCCGCCUCCACCCCUGUCAUUUUUGCAGGUGGUCAGGUAAGAGCCGACCCGCUUGCAGCUUCCACUGCCAACCUCAGCCUUUUACUGCAGCACCAGCCGCUGCCCGCCUAUACAAUUCAGGGACAAUAUGCUAUUCCACACCCAGAUCAGUUGACCAAGCUCCACCAGUUGGCUAUGCAGCAAACCCCCUUUACUCCCCUUGGACAGACCACCCCCGCUUUCCCUGGAGAAAAGCUGCCCUUACAUUCCUCCGAAGAAGCUCAAAAUCUGAUGGGCCAAUCAUCAGGUUUGGAUGCCAGUCCCCCGGCCAGUACUCAUGAACUCACCAUUCCCAAUGAUCUAAUAGGCUGCAUAAUUGGACGCCAAGGGACCAAAAUCAAUGAAAUUCGACAGAUGUCUGGAGCACAGAUCAAAAUCGCCAAUGCCACAGAAGGUUCAUCAGAACGUCAAAUUACCAUCACAGGGACCCCAGCAAACAUCAGCCUUGCUCAGUACCUCAUCAAUGCCAGGCUGACGUCUGAGGUCACUGGAAUGGGCACACUCUAA